AAAGCUUCCAUUUCAUGGUUUGCUUCAUCAGGUGGCAUCUAUUUCUUAUGUACACUACUCCACAUACAAUAAAAUAUCUCUAUUUUCACCACCCUUUUCAUUUCCAUUUUCGAACCAAACCACAACACAGUACUAGUCAUGGCUUUAGUCAACCCACCAUUUCUCUCCCUCACCCCAUCUUCUUAUGCUUUUCCAUCCAAGCACAAGUCUCCACUAGUGCUACUUUCAACUCUCUCUUCACAACCAUUGUCAUUUUCAUGCAGGAGGAACCAGCAUCACAGGUGUGGCGCCCUCAAAGCUGCACCUUUGCUUGAUUACAAAGAUGGGGAGGAUCACAAGGUUCUUGUUGGUACUUCCAUUGAGGAUGAACAGAAAGAUGAGAAGGUAGUUGCAGAUUAUGAUUGGACACAAGAAUGGUACCCUUUGUACCUGACUCAAGAUGUGCCAGAUGAUGCACCCCUUGGUCUCCGAGUGUUUGACAAGCAGCUGGUGUUAUUCAGAGAUGGCAAUGGCGAGUUUCGCUGUUAUGAAGAUCGGUGCCCUCAUAGGUUAGCAAAAUUAUCAGAAGGCCAGUUGAUUGAUGGAAGGCUUGAGUGCCUAUACCAUGGAUGGCAAUUCGAAGGCGAGGGCAAAUGUGUGAAGAUACCUCAGCUUCCAACUGAUGCCAAAAUUCCUAGAUCAGCCUGUGUUAAAACAUAUGAGGUGAGGGACUCCCAAGGAGUUGUUUGGGUAUGGAUGUCUCCAAAGACAACUCCAAAUGUUAAUAAACUACCUUGGUUUGAGAACUUUGCAAGGCCAGGGUUCCAAGAUGUUUCAACAAUUCAUGAACUCCCAUAUGAUCACUCUAUUCUUCUGGAAAACCUGAUGGAUCCUGCUCAUCUCCCAAUCUCACAUGAUAGAACAGAUUGGAGUGCAAGAAGGGAGGAUGCACAGCCACUUUGUUUUGAGGUGACUGAACGAACUGAUAGAGGUUUUGCUGGUUUGUGGGGCAGAGAGAAAGAUGACUCUAUGCCUAACUUCUUACGGUUUGAAGCUCCUUGUGUUCUCCAAAACAACAGAGAAAUUAUUGAUAAUAAUGGUGAAAAAAACCACUUCUCUGGUCUGUUCCUUUGUAGGCCAACUGGGCAAGGGAAAUCCAUGUUGAUAGUGAGGUUUGGAGGAACAAAAAGUUAUCCACUAGCAAAGCUGUUCCCUGAAUGGUAUCUCCAUCAAAAUGCAAGCAAAGUUUUUGAGCAAGACAUGGGGUUCUUAGCAUCCCAAAAUGAAACUUUGAUGAAAGAGAAGGUCCCCACAAAGGAACUAUACCUUAAUUUAAGGUCAUCAGACACAUGGGUUGCUGAAUACAGGAAGUGGAUGGACAAAGUGGGGCAUGGGAUGCCUUAUCAUUUUGGUCACAGCACAAUUUCCUUGCCCAAAGAGCCUGCUGUGGUUGAGCAUGCACCUGCUGGACUCAUUGCAGGAAUCUCAGCUGCUUCACCUGCUAAGGGAGGCAUUGGAGCAAUGCAUGCCCCUAAUUUAGCCAAUAGAUAUUUUAGGCAUGUAGUACAUUGUAAAGGAUGUAGAACUGCAGUUAAAGGUUUCCAAGUUUGGAAAAAUGCACUUUCAGCUGUGGCUGUUGCAAUGGCUGCAUUGGCAAUUUUGGCAUCUGGGAGACAUUGGAAAGCACUUUUGUUGGUAUCUGCUUCACUGUGCUCGGUUGGAGUUUAUGCAUGCUCAAUGGCCAUAGCAAUGAAUACAUCAAACUUUAUUAGGACUCAUAGGAGAUUGUGAACUGUGAGAUGUGAAAAAUAGUUAUAUACAUACGAAUACUUUGUUUGUCUAAUGAUAAUAGUUACUGACAUCUUAUCAUCAUAUGUCAUGAUAAAGGAUUAGAACACACACCCCCACUA